AAAUAAAUAAAUAGUUAGCGUCUACUUGUCAAACCAGAGGUUAAGACAUGUUACUGUCGUGUGGAUGGAAGUUACUAAUCCUGGCAUGUUCUUGUAAAAUCAUAUAAAUUUUAUUUAUUGGUCUAAGUAAUGUUUAUCUAGCGUUUUAACCAUAAGUUCGCUAUAACGUUAUAUUGCAGUUACUGAGGCAGCGGACAUGGCCGUAUCCUAAAUCCUCACUAUAUGACUUUGUAGGGCACUAAGUAGAACGCAGAACGUCGUUGCUUGGAUACAGUUGUAGAGCACAGGUGAAGGGAGUGUGGCGCAGUUUGGGAUUUGACCCGUGACUCAACAGCCAAAACGAGCCAGUUACUAGCUGGAAGCCGUAAACAUCUUUGAACUUGGGUUCUGAAUAGACUCUGAGCAUGGAGCAGUUCACUGAGACGGCGAGCGGAGGAGAGCAGAUCGUGGUGCAGGCGUCUGGUGGAGCGGUGCAGCAGCAGAGCACAGUGACUGCAGUGCAGCUGCAGGCCGACGGCCAGGUGGAUGCGAGUGCGGCCCAGCAGGUGCAGACUCUCCAGGUAGUUCAAGGGCAGCCUUUAAUGGUGCAGGUCAGCGGGGGUCAGCUCAUCACCCCCUCCGGGCAGCCCAUAAUGGUACAGGCCGUGCCGGGAGGACAGGCGCAGACGAUCAUGCAGCUACCGGUGACGGGCUCUCAGGGUCUUCAGCAGAUCCAGCUCGUGCAGCCGGGACAGAUUCAGCUCUCAGGAGGUCAAACGCUACAGGUACAAACUGCACAGGGACAGACGCAGCAGAUCAUCAUCCAGCAGCCGCAGACCGCAGUGACCGCAGGACAGAACCAGCCUCAGCAGAUCACAGUGCAGGGUCAGCAGGCUCAGACAGCGGAGGGUCAGACCAUCCUGUACCAGCCGGUCAACUCUGAUGGAACCAUCCUCCAGCAGGGCAUGAUCACUAUUCCAGCCGCCAGUUUAGCAGGAGGUCAGAUCAUCCAGGCGGGGUCAAACGCGAGCGGCACCGGGGGUCAGGGCACCGUGACCGUCGCCGUUCCUGUCACAGGAAACGUGGUCAACGCUGGAGGGAUGGUCAUGAUGGUCCAAAGCGGCGGCUCUGUCCCGACCAUGCAGCGGAUCCCUCUCCCCGGAGCAGAGAUGCUGGAGGAGGAGCCGCUGUACGUCAACGCUAAGCAGUACCACCGCAUCCUGAAGAGACGCCAGGCCCGCGCCAAGCUGGAGGCCGAGGGCAAGAUCCCCAAAGAGAGGAGGAAAUACCUGCACGAGUCUCGUCAUCGGCACGCCAUGGCGCGGAAGCGUGGUGACGGUGGACGCUUCUUUUCGGUGAAGGAGAAGGAGGAGCUGACUGUGCAGGUGAGCGGGAGGCUCCAGAUAAAUCCCGGCACUGAUUGGACUUCCAUCUCAGCCCCGCCCCUGGGAUAACAAUCGCAGGCUUUUAAGCAAUACACGCUCCCCUUUACAAGCCAAAGAGACUGCAUGUGUGUACGUGUGUGUGUGCACAUGUCUGUCUGUCUGUGUGUGUGUGUGUGUGUGUGUGUGUGUGUUAAUGCUUUCAGGCUUCCUCACAUGCAUGCAUCUUUUAUUAUUGCUGAGAACGUGUUGAGACAUGGUUAACUUAAUAUUAAUGUAAUAAAUGCAUAGUAAAUAUGUUCAGCACUUUGUCCUUAUAGUCACUGUUUCAAAGCUAAAACCAGUUUUGGCUGGUUUUGGACAGUUUCAGCAGUUUGGGUAACUUGUCCACCUGUAUGGACUGCACUGUACAGAGUGUAUUUGUGUGUGUAAUGUCUAAAAACAGCCGUGGUUCUGUUAAACAGCUUCACAUACGUGUGUGUGUGUGUGUGUAGCGAACACAUCUUAAACCCGUCCUUGCGCUGCCCCAGUAUUAACAUUAACACAUUAACAAAAGUGCUCUAGCUGAUAGAAAGUAGAGAUUACACUUUAAUCACAUUUUAAUCUGACUUCACUUAAUCUCAGUAACUCAGUAUUUAAUUUAUUCCUUCCCCAUACUUUCUUAUUAUUCAUGAUUAUUCACAAUAAACCGGCCGAUUCCAAGCUUCAUCGAGCUUCAGGACUCAUCAUUUGCAGUAUUUUGCUUUUCUCUGUAACCUAAAAUGUUAUUCUCAUCUGUGCCGUCUGCAUGGCUUGUCUGUGUCUGUGUCUGUAUCGCUGCUACGUUUGGAGUUUUAUUUCAUUGCUUAAUUAUUUGUCAUAAGUUAUUUACAUGUUUAAAAUGUUUGGAAAGGAAUGCAUGUGUUUUAACCUGCUGUAUAAAACACACUGUUUUGUCAUGUUCAUAUUCCUGGUGUUUUCUUGUACUUUCUCUUCUGUUACUUUUUUUUUUUUUAAUUUGCAAAUAAACACUUUUUUU